AUGAAAGACGAUCAAAAUGAAAUUUAUUGGGGCAACUGGAUGGAAUUCCUUCUGUCUUGCAUUGGUUACGCUGUCGGCUAUAGUAAUGUCUUGAGGUUUCCGUACAUCUGCUAUAAGCAUGGUGGAGGCGCUUUUCUCAUUCCUUAUUUUGUUUCUGUAUUGUUGGUUGGAGUACCGACGUUACAUAUGGAGUUAGCUCUUGGCCAAUAUAUGAGAAUGGGUCCUGGCACACUAUGGAAACAUGUCUGUCCUGUUCUUAAAGGCUUGGGUAUUGCCAUGAUAGUUUCUUGCAUUUUAAAUGUGGUUUACUUUCAUAUCGUCUUGGCAUGGUCACUCUUUUACUUUUACGCCAGUUUCUUUCCUCAAUUGCCCUGGGCAUCGUGUAAUAAUACCUGGAAUACUCACGAAUGCUAUGUUACUGGGGAUGUAUUUGGAAACGUUAGCGGAAAAGCGGCUUCCGUUGAGUUCUUAGAUCUAGAAACUCUAAGGAUCGACGAAGGUGGAGCUUUGUAUUAUGAUUUAGUGCCACACUUGGUAAUCACACUUUUGAUCGCCUGGACAAUUACCUACUGUGCAAUGUGCAUGGGUAUCGAAUCUUCCGGAAAGGUGGUUUACUUCACCGCCACAGCUCCUUAUGUUAUGUUAUUCUCCUUAUUAAUAAGAGCGGUUACACUACCGGGUGCUACUCAAGGCAUUAUUCAAUUUCUAGUGCCGGAUUUUAGUAAGCUGGGAACGCUAGAUCCUUGGGCUGAUGCUUUAGGGCAGGUACUUUCAGCAAUUGGAAUUGGAUUUGGUGCAAUUAUAACAUUAGGAAGUUAUAACCGCCGUGAUAACAAAUGUGGCAGAGAUAGUGCUUACAUUUGCACCAUUACAAGUUUUACAAGUAUAACCGCUGGUCUUGUGUGCUUUGCUGUUCUCGGCUAUUUGUCUCGUAUUACUGGUAAACCUAUUGAUGAUUUGAUUAGCGAAGAGAUCGUAAUUGCCUUUAUUGCCUAUCCAGAAGCUAUUGCAAAAUUACCAAGUCCACACUUUUGGGCCAUAGCCUUUUUCUUUAUGUUACUUCUAUUAGGAAUGGACAGCAUCUAUGGUAUGAUAGAGACAUUAAUUACCACAGCAGUUCGAUUUUCGAAAGGGAGGUGGGAGAAUAGAAAGCCCAUGGUGACAUUUUUUAUUUGUGCAGGUCUUUUUACAAUAGGUUUAAUAUUUACUACUAGGUCUGGUCUCUUUUGGCUUAUCGUUGUAGAUACCAAUAAUGCUGGUCCAAUUGUACUUGGUUUGACCUUAUUUGAGGUCUUGGCAGUUUCAUUUGUAUACGGCGCUGAUCGAUUAGGUCAAAACGUCAAAGACAUGACCGGAUCUCGACCAAAUAGCUAUUGGAUCUUGACAUGGAAAUACGUCUGUCCAAUCGGUGCAGGUUUUAAUUUUGUGGUCAGUUUGGCUAAAACUGAACCAAUGGAAUAUCUUGGGAAACCUGUUGAACCUUGGGGAGUUGGAAUUGGCAUCCUCUUGACAUUAUUAGUUUUAAUUUGGAUUCCUCUAGGAGCCAUUUAUCAACUUUAUACCGCUGAAGGCAGCCUUAAACAGGUUAAGCAUUUAAGCAGCUAUUCUGUAGUGGUUGUAAGAUUUGAAGGCUUAUAA